CAAGCCCGGCUGUCAGUCCUUUCGCGUCUCGCGGCGCGGCGCAGCCUGGCGCGGCCUGUAGAGCAGUCUCGAAGCCUGUAGCGGGGAGAAGAUGGCGGUCGCAGUGAGAACUUUGCAGGAGCAGCUAGAAAAGGCCAAAGAGAGCCUAAAGAACUGCUUACUGUUGAACAUUUUUAAUUGUAGGCGUGGAUUCUCAGAUAGUGGAGGAGGACCCCCAGCCAAACAGAGAGACCUUGAAGGUGCAGUCAGUAGGCUGGGCGGGGAGCGUCGGACAAGAAGAGAAUCACGCCAGGAAAGCGACCCAGAGGAUGAUGAUGUUAAGAAGCCAGCAUUGCAGUCUUCAGUUGUAGCUACCUCCAAAGAGCGCACACGUAGAGACCUUAUCCAGGAUCAAAAUAUGGAUGAAAAGGGAAAGCAAAGGAACCGGCGAAUAUUUGGCUUGUUGAUGGGCACUCUUCAAAAAUUUAAGCAGGAAUCCACUGUUGCUACUGAAAGGCAAAAGAGGCGUCAGGAAAUUGAACAAAAACUUGAAGUUCAGGCAGAGGAAGAGAGAAAGCAGGUUGAAAAUGAGAGGAGAGAGCUGUUUGAAGAAAGGCGGGCAUCUAGUUUUGAUUUCUUAGUAUAUAGGUCGCCAGUGGAUUUUUCAUCAUUUUGUGAGUUUUUGAUUACUUACUUGCCAAAAUCCCUCUUCUGUUAUCAUCACUUUACAAAAAGCCAUGUAGAUGAAAUUUAGCAACAAUUUGUGAACAAGUGUAAAAUUGUGACUUUGAGUUUUCUUGAUCAUAAUAAAUUUUACACAUGUAAAUUUUAUUCUUUAGCUUUAUUUGAAGGUAGACGCCUCGAAUUUGCAGAACAAAUAAAUAAAAUGGAGGCUAGGCCUAGAAGACAAUCAAUGAAGGAAAAAGAGCAUCAUCAGGUGGUGCGUAAUGAAGAACAGAAGGCGGAGCCAGAAGAGGGUAAGGUGGCUCAGCGAGAGGAAGAGUUGGAGGAGACAGGUAAUCAGCACAAUGAUGUAGAAAUAGAGGAAGCAGGAGAGGAAGAGGAAAAGGAAGUAGGUAUUGUUCAUAGUGAUGCAGAGAAGGAACAGGAGGAGGAGGAACAAAAACAGGAAAUGGAAGUUAAGAUGGAGGAGGAAACUGAGGUUAGGGAAAGUGAAAAACAGCAGGAUAGUCAGCCUGAAGAAGUUAUGGAUGUUCUAGAGAUGGUUGAGAAUGUCAAAAAUGUAAUUGUUGAGCAGGAGGCGAUGGAAACUAAUCAAGUGGAAAGCUCCAGUACGAGUGGCAGCAGCAGCAGAGACAGUAGCAGCAGCACUAGUAGUAGCAGUGAGAGCAGAAGUCGGAGCAGGGGCCGGGGACAUAAUAGAGAUAGAAAGCACAGAAGGAGCGUGGAUCGGAAGAGAAGGGAUACUUCAGGACUAGAAAGAAGUCACAAAUCUUCAAAAGGUGGUAGUAGUAGAGAUACAAAAGGAUCAAAGGAUAAGAAUUCCCGGUCCGACAGAAAGAGGUCUAUAUCAGAGAGUAGUCGAUCAGGCAAAAGAUCUUCAAGAAGUGAAAGAGACCGAAAAUCAGACAGGAAAGACAAAAGGCGUUAAUGGAAGAAGCCAGGCUUUCUUAGCCUAUUCUUUGCAGCAGAAGAUUUCUUGAUGAGUAAAAGGAUUACCUUUCCUUGUAAGGAGGAUGCUGCCUUAAGAAUUGCAUGUUGUAAAAAAUCUUUUUGGAAAAUACAGACUGUUUGUUUACCAGACAUUCUUGUACUUUUUGCAUAAUUUUGUAAGAGUUAUUUAUCAAAAUUAUGUGAGGUUCCAAAAUAUGUAAAAAUAAUAAUAAUAAAAAAAGAUUAACAUCCCUUGUCAUCUUUUUUAAAUAUCCUAUACUCUUCAGUAAGAAUCUGUAUAUUUUAAUAGGCAAAUCUUUAAGUCUGUUCCCUUCUAAUUCUGUAUCAUACAUUGCUUUUGUAGAAAUAAAUGUGCAUUUCUUUCAUUUUUGGGAUGUCCUUGUUGACACUUGUAUAAUAAAUAUCCUCUUGAUAUUUUCAGCUUUUAUCAGUACAUACUGAACGUGAUUAGAAUGUUUUGGAAGAUUUCCUCACUUUAAUUUGCUUUAGACAAUUAUUUUGAGUUGUCAGAGUCAAGAUCUUUGCAGCUCUGAGGGGGGAACAGUUCUCUUUAAACAUUUACUAAUCUCCUUUGUUAUUUUAAUUGAAACAUUUUUCAGUGUUUCUCAUAUUUAAACCAUAUAUUUGGUAGAUAACUUAAAACAGUAUGAUCUGAUUGGCAUUUCUUCCUGAUUAUGGGAGCAUCAUUCUUUUGUCUUCAUGGUUACUUGUGUGAUACAGCAUAUACAUCUGUUAAAAUAAUCUAGGGGAGGGAGGUAGAAAAGUAUCCUCUAAAUUUGGUUUUUGAGUUUGUGGUCUUGUCUUAACUUUUGUGUUGGCUCUAACUUAAACAUGCCAUAUGUGUUCUCAAGAAUUUUGUUUAAGGAAGUAUUGUGUGAAAGUUUACAAAAUGAAGGAAGUUCAUCUAGACUUUAAUAUGUAAGCAAGAUAACACACAAGUGUACCAAGUGAUUAUUAACUUUGUUGUUUUAAAAUUUGUAUGAACUUGGAGUAUCUGUUGCCCAUUACAUGUGCAAAUAAAUGUGGCUUAGACUUGUG